GUAUUGCGGGCUUUGAAGUCCUAUCUGCAGAUAUGAAUUGGAUAUCUGUCCCUGUUAUUCCAGAUUGUGUAUUAAUUAAUAUAGGAGAUCUAUUGGAAUUUUGGACUCAAGGUUUAUUCAAAUCCACUAAGCAUCGUGUUGUCUUUCGCAAAGAAACUUUAAAUCAAGAUAGAUAUAGUAUUGCUUAUUUUUGUCAUGCUGAAGACGAUGUAGGAUUAGAACCAAUUCCUAGUCGAUUCAUAAUUGCAGAUGAGAAAGGUAGCAAGAGCAUGACUGCUG